AUGCGAUGCCUACUUCAGAUCCUGCACGUCUCACUCCGCGAUCACCUUCGAAACGAAGUCAUUCGUAAUCACUGCGAACGUCAACCGACGAUCGAAGAACUGAUCCAGAAGCGGCGAAUGCGAUGGUUUGGCCACGUAUGCAGAAUGAACGGCAGCCGUUUACCACACAGACUCCUCUGGAAGACACGACCUGCACAGUGGAAGGUCCAACGAUCGGCGCCAAAGAAAACGUGGAUUAAACAAGCCGAAGAGAAUCCAAAGAAUCGGCGACUCAACCUAGACGAGGCCAGAAACCUGGCCACAGACCGCCAAGCAUGGAAACGACUGCUAAACGAAAUCCGAAAUUCAUUGGCACCCAUAGCAGCAUAUCCGCUUCGAGGACAACCUCGGCCAAAUACCAGCUAG